GAGAUUCCGCGGCUCCAAGACGUACUUCGCGACUUCGCCGACUCCGACAACAUGGUAUCAGAAAGCUCUCUUCGAGAUGUUGUUGGCUUCACCGAGGAGGUCGCGGACACCCUGGCAGCGCAGCUGGGGCCCGGCCCGUGGCAUGUCGAAAAGCUUGAGCAGCUUUUCUCCGGUGCCACCAACGAAGACCUUGAGGAGGAGCCCGCCAGCCGUUCCUCCUCGCCGGCGAAGGGAUGGCGGUCAGACUCGCCGCAUCAGCAGUGGAGCUCGGCUUCUCCACUCCGGCGGCGACACACCGUAGGCUUUGCUUCCGAGGCACCGAGUUACGAUGCUGAUGACCUGGAAGAUGAUGGGCUCUGCCAGCUUUCAGCGCUAGUGGAGACAGCCCUGCGCGGCGACGAAGAGGCCACGAAGCUGCAGCAUCUUUUGCGCAGGACGUGGCACGUUGCACAGGCCCUGGAGCAGCAGAGGCAUCGGCUCCAGGACGAGGCAGCUGAAGCCCACAAGCAGGCGAAGCUGCAGAGUGAGCGCGUCACAAGCGCCGAAAACGCUCGAGUCUCUGCCGAGGCCGCCGAGGCGGCAGCUCUCAGCGCCUUGCAGGUGGCCGGCCAGCGCCAGGUGGCAAGUCGGGAGUUGAUCAGGCGACGUGAGGAAGAGCUGGAGGAGGCUCGCCUGAGGUCCGAGGGCCUGGAGGGCGAGUUGGCCCGGCAG